AUGCCGACGUGCCAGCAGGGGACGGGGACAAAGGGGAGGCAGAGGGCGAACCUCUCCAGGCCUCCGUGCCCUGAGAUGGCCCGCCGGUGGCCGGGGCAUGCCUGGAUGGCGCGGUGUGGUAAGGAGAUCUUCGCCCACCAGGCCACGGCGCCCCUCAACGAAGAGGGCCUGUGCAUGGUGGCGAAGUUCCGGAAUUCGUGGCGCAUGGCCUUUUGGGUCGACCGUCUGGUACGGGAGCACGGCGGUGAGGUGCUGGACCUCAAGUCCUUGCGGAGUCAAGUCGCGCUGACUUUCCGCGAUGGUAAGGACCCGCUGAUGCCCUUCGACGAGUACGUGCUCUACCUCCGCCAGAUGGACUGCAUCCACUGGCCGAACACCCCGGCCCCCCUGAACGACGAAGGGCUGAGACAGGUGCUGCAGGACGGCAACGUCCGCUGGAUGGCUUCGUGGCUCGAGCAGGUGAUCAAAAAGCUGGACGGCGAGGUGCACGACUCCAGGCAGCUCCACGUGUUCGCCGCCGAGCUGGUGGAGAGGUACGGCCACGCGCCGGGCAGGAGGAAGGUGGACUACGCGUUCGACGAGCUCGAGCGCCAGCUGAGGAGGAAGGAGCCGUGGGUCAUCUGGCGCGGCGAGGGCCUCUUCGACCACCCCGACAGGGCGAACGGGUGGUGGGCGAACAUCCCGUCGUGGCUGAUCCCGAGGCCCGUCGAGAGGCUCGCGUACCGGAUCGCGAACCCCGUCGAGGACGCCCGGAAGUCCCUGGCGCGGUGGAUGCAGUUGCUGUCCAAGGUGGCGGACCCAGCGGAGGAGAGCGGCUCGGCCGACGCCUCUACUUGA